AUGGCUGACGAAAUGGGUUUAGGAAAGACGCUGCAAUGCAUCACUCUUGUAUGGACUCUUCUGCGACAAAGUCCAGAGGCGAAACCGAUGAUCGACAAGGCUGUCAUCGUCACACCAAGUAGUUUGGUGAAAAACUGGGCUAAUGAAUUGAACAAGUGGCUGCAAGGUAGAGUGAAUCCUUUAGCCAUUGAUUCCGGCUCUAAGGAUGAAAUAGAUAGAAAAUUGGGUAAGCGAUCCAUUUCUGAUGUAGGUGCUUUAGCCGCGUUCAUGUCGCAGAGGGGUCCAAGGAUAGCUACUCCGAUUUUAAUUAUCUCCUACGAGACGUUUCGAUUGCAUGUAGGGGAAUUGCACAAGGGUACUGUAGGCUUGGUUAUCUGUGAUGAGGGUCACAGGUUGAAGAACUCAGAAAAUCAGACCUACCAGGCACUGGUUCAGCUGAACUGUCAAAGAAGGGUUCUCCUCUCGGGUACUCCAAUUCAAAAUGAUCUUCUGGAGUACUUCAGUCUGGUACACUUUGUCAACGUUGGCCUUUUGGGGACUGCAGCAGAGUUUCGGAAGAAGUUCGAGACGCCUAUUUUGCGUGGCAGAGACGCGGACGCAACUGAUGCUGAACAAAAGGUCGGGGAGGAGAAGCUACGAGAGGUUAACGCUUCUUUGCUAGUUGAACAGGUGGUGUGUUGUCGAUUGGCGCCGACUCAAGCUCAGGUCUACGCGGAAUUCGUUAAGCGAAUGGCUCGUGAAGUUUCUAAACAGUUAGGUGGAAGCGGGGGAGGAGGAGACAAGAAGCUCUCUGUCUCUAGUCUCGCCUCAAUUACCCAUCUCAAGAAACUGUGUAACCGUGAGUUGCUGCUAGACAUCCUUAACUUGCCUAGUAUUCCCGAAUUUGUCGGUGGUAUCGCGUGUAUCAACUGGAAUCCUGAUCUAAUAUUUGACAGGAUACGCUCCGGUUCUGACAGUUUUGGGGGCAUGCUUAGCUUCUUCCCUAGUGGAUACGCCAGUUGUUCCGAAUCCGGUCGGCCAGCUCAGCCGGAAAUGUCAGGUAAAUUUCAGGUGCUCGACUGUCUGCUGGCAAUUAUUCGAACCACUUCGAAUGAUAAAGUGGUGCUCAUUUCAAACUACACCCAAACGUUGGAUCUGUUUGAAGGUCUCUGCAGGCAUAGAAACUAUGGAUACUUUCGGCUCGAUGGAACGAUGUCCAUUAAGAAGAGGGCGAAGAUUGUUGAGAAGUUUAACGACCCAAAUUCCCCAGAGUUGGUCUUCAUGUUGAGCAGCAAGGCGGGUGGUUGUGGCCUAAAUCUCAUCGGUGCGAAUCGCCUGGUAAUGUUUGAUCCUGAUUGGAAUCCAGCCAACGACGAGCAAGCCAUGGCACGUGUGUGGCGUGAUGGACAGAAGAAGCAGUGCUACAUCUACCGCCUCAUUUCGACGGGCACAAUAGAGGAGAAGAUGCUUCAAAGGCAGGCGCACAAGAAGGCACUGAGCAGUUGUGUGGUGGAUCAAAUGGAAGAGGUGGAGCGACAUUUCAGUCUGGGUGAGCUGAGGGAACUCUUCACCUAUUACUCAGAGACUGAUUCUGACACGCAUGACAGGUUCAAAUGUCGGCGAUGCGUGAAUCGAGUGCAAACACGGGGUCCGCCACCCGAAGCGGAUUGUAAUUGCGAUUUGUCGGUGUGGAAUCACUGCUACCACCGCAAAGCUCUCGAGGACUACGUGCUAAAGGGAACAUGGGACACUGGAAUGAUCAGUUUCGUCUUCUGGCAGCGGUCUCAUGAAGAACAGCGCAAGACUGUCUAA